AGACCUGCUUUAUAGUAAAAUAACAAGGCGCGGCCCACCACGUUAUCCGCAGAGAACCCACGGGGGACAUUAUUUCCACGUAGGUCUGUGGUUACCAUGGCCUCGGAUAUCAGGGGUCUAUCUUAGCUUUUAAUUAAAUGAUAAAUCUUUCCUGCGAACAAUUUAUCUUCUUUCGUGCACAGGCGUUUUGAUCUGGUUUAGACAAGUGGAACUGAUGACACAGUUCUUCUCAUGCACAAAAUAUGUAGGUAGGAUUUGAUAACUUAGACCAGGGUUUGCAAACGGGAACAAACUAGAAAACGCGAAUUGCGGAAAAGCACGGUGGAUUUUUUGAGCGGCAACAAACAUGGACAGUAAAGUCGUGUGUAAGUGUCCUAAAUGUGGCCCGGGCAAGUUUGUCUCUGAAAGAACCUUCAAUCAGCAUGGCAAGGAAUGGAGAGCGAAGAGGAAUGACGAACAUCGUGAUGACCCUCGCAACUUCGACCCGAAAAACGCACCUCUUUUCACUGGCAGCGAAGUUUCUGUCUUGCAAGCCGUCACAAUGCUCCUAUCUGUGCAUGGGCUCUUCCCUGGGGUGAGCCAAAGAGCGAUAGGGGAGAUAUUUAGAAUUUUGCACUACUUCAUCCUCCCAGCUGGAAAUGGUCUUCCAGACUCAUUUGUUGCUGCAAAGAAGCUUGUUGGAGAAUUUCUCAUCCCCGUCAAUACGUUUGAUGUGUGCCCACAAGACCAUGUGGUAUUUGAUGGUCCCAACAGAGAAAGACUACAUUGCCCAAAGUGCUCUGCACCGAGGUAUCACGAUGGCACGCAAAAGCCCCAAAAGGCCUUUGCCUAUUUGCCACUCAUUCCCCGAUUGCAACGAUGGUUCAAGAUGCCAGUCAUUGCCAGAAGUCUUCAGCAGCAUGAGCUGAUAGAAGAACAAAAUCCCGUGAAAGAUAUUCACAUGUCACCUGCUUGGAAAAGCAUGUAUAACAAAGAUGGUGUUUUUGGAGGGGACAGUAGAUGCCUGUCGUUGGCUUUAAGUGCAGAUGGCUUCGACCCCUUUAAUCAUCAAAAGGUCCAAUACUCGAUGUGUCCUGUGCUCCUAAAAUGCCUUAAUUUCGAUAGUACUUCCCGGGACAAAAUUGGCAAGAUGUUGCUUUCAUGUAUUGUGCCAGGACCAUGUGGGCCAACGGAUAUCAAUCCAUACAUGGCCCCCUUAAUUGAUGAACUGCAGGAGCUUGAGGAGGGGGUCCGUUGCUUUGAUGGCAGCAAAGAUGCAAGUUUUAUACUGAGGGCAAGGGUUGUGAUGGGCAUCUUUGACAACCCAGGGGCAUCUAAGGUGCUAAAGACUGCCGCACCAGGCUCACUCAUCAAUGCUUGUCGACAUUGUCACAUUGAAGGUAAACACAUCAAAGAAUAUGGGAAGGUAAUACAUGGUGAAAAUCGCCGAUAUCUUCCACCUGAAUCACCCCUGCGGACUAACAGCUUUGGAAACUAUGAGAGCCGCCCCCCUCAUGAGUUGACAUCCAUGGGACAGCAGCUAGACUUUGGCAGACAGGUGUUGGAACUUUGGCACAAGGCCUCUCACGAUCCAACACCCCAUCAACGGAAAAAGGCAAAGUCUGCAGCAACAAAGCUGGAGAAGGCAACAGGAAAGAAGGGAGUGGAAGAAUUGGCUCGAUUGCCAUAUUAUACUGACGUUGAUAUACCCGUCGAGCUCAUGCACACAGUUCAAGUGGUCAUGAAGAAGUUUUUUGGGCUUCUGACUGGAAGAGACGACAACGAAAAGCUCCAUGAUGCUGAGGCUGCCCUUGGGAGAAAAAUAAACAUGCGAGCUGGGAACAGUGCACCAUGGACAUUGACAAAAGAGGAGAAAAAAACAGCAGAUGAGAGGCUUCUUCAAAUACGGCCACCAUGUGGACUAGACUGGACCCCCAAGAAACUCUUUACACGGACCAGCCUACCGUACAUGAAGUGCAGUGAUUGGAAAAAGCUUGCCUCUAAUGGCAUACUGAAAUAUGCACUACGUGGAGCUCUCGGUGAUGCUCAACGAACUACGCUGUCCCGACUCUGCGAUACUAUAAGAGAGCUGACGGACUACAGUGUGGACCUAAAUAGAAUCGGAGCCAUUGAGAAGGAGCUUCAUGAGGUCUUGAGCCUGGUUGAACAAGACUUCCCAUUAGGAAUUCAGACGCUGUGUAUGCAUAUUCUACACCAUGCUUCAUCCACACUGCGAAAGUACGGUCCGGCAACAUCCCAGUGGAUGUUUGGUUUCGAGCGGUUUAUGUCAUUCCUCAGUGGUAGGAUACUCAACAGGAAAGAGCCAGAAGCAACUGCAAUCGAAGCAUACAGAAUCUAUGAGUUCAGCCAGUUUAUGGCUAUGUCUGGCUUGCUUCCUGAAGGCAGUGUAUGUACAAAAAACUCGAUCACUGUGAUUGCUGCAAACGAGUCUCCUGACAACCAACUUGAAAGUCAUGACAACCCGAAAGACCAAAGAGAUGUAGUUCGGAGGCAAAGGGAAGCACUGUUGGAGGAGAAUAAGGCUGCUCUCCUCUCACUUGGUAUUUCAGGUACCAGUGUAGAGAAAGUGUUCACCGCCCAGAAGGCCAACCCGCGUACUCUGAAGUACUCGUGCUUGGAAAAAGAUACCAGUAAGAGUACUGUCUCUUCCAUCAUCGCUGGCUUUUUUCAGGCAGGCGGUGGGUCAAGUAAUCGUUGGGGUACACAGUACGUUUACUUUGGGCAAGUUCUCUACUUCCUCCGGUGCAAGGACACACUAAAGGAGUUUGGCAAGAUAUCCUGGUGGAAGCAGGCAAUUAUUGAUACAGAGAGUGGCUUAUGGAAAAUAGAGGAGCCUCAGGAGCAUCUGUCCACAGAUGUUGUUCCAGUUGCACUGCUCUCUCCACCUUUAACAACAGCCAUGGAUGAACACGGUGUUCUUUGGGUACUAGACUUCAAUUCCAAAUAUGUCAAUGUAAUACGUUAGAGCCAAAAUGAAUGCAAAGCACAAAUAUGUCUUUCGAAUUAAACAUCAUUCCUGGAGGGAGACGAAAAUGAAAAAAAAAACAAUUACGAAAGUGACCCCUCUUUGACGAAAUUAAACUGUCUUUUCAGUACUUUCAAAAAUUGCCAAAAAUUCCAGGCCGCCUGCAGGGAUGUCAGAAAGUAAUUUUGAGUAUAACAACAUACACUGAUAUCUCCAAAUUUCAAGUCUGAUAGUACACGUAUAUCCAUCCAAUGCUGGAAUGCCCAAUUGUCUAUUGUAAAAGGAGCAGAAAGUAGAUAACUCAGAAUUUAUUAAUUUGAUCAGAAAUGUGGUUAAUAUUUGCUUAUCUAUUAUAUGCUUCAGGAGGAGAAUGUCAUGCCGUCAAAAACAGACAUUUAAUUCAAAAAGAAUACACUUUAUGCACAGAUUUUGGUAGGUGAAUAUUUUCAAAUCAACAUGACGUGCUAUCCUCACAGUUUCAUUCGUUCCAGAUGAAUGCAUUUCGGGUUCUCAAUUGUGCUAUUUUCAGUUGUAAUGACACUUCAUUUAAUUCGCUGACCUACCCAUCUUUAAGAAAGAGACCACGUGUUGUACAUACAAUCGUCAGUGUUUUCACGAAGUGAAAAAAGAAACAAAGUUUUCGAUCUCUACUUUUUUGCAAUAUACCCGCAACUUGGUACGGAUUAGCAAUAUCCGUGUGUAAAAUUAUAUGACUUUGUAAAAAAUUUCUCAAUCCGUAACAUAAGUGAUCGAAAAGGUGUAUUGGCAAGAUUCUGAGGUUUUGAGGUUACUUGCCAACGUCACUUUCCAACGAUGUGUUGUUGUAAAACAACUCGGCAGGCGUGUAUACACCUUUAUAAGUUGUAGCGCACUGUAAGUUGUAGUGCAUGGCCAGAGGGGAAUGGUCAAGAAAUCGAUUGUUUUAUGCAAUAAUUAUGAUGUCAGUAUUUCCCAGUGUUAAUCUUUUUCGUUAUCGUGAGAAUAAUUAACUGGUGCGAAAAAUCAUAAUUGACGUAAAUUGUGUUCAGGCAGCCAGACUGAUACCCUCCAGGAAAAUAAUGAUUUACGAUUGUAAAUGUACAUGUGCAUCUUCUCAUUAGAGCAUAAGCUCUCUGGUGUGAUUUUUGUAAAUGUGUUGUGUGUACCAUUAUGAGGGAACUGCACUUUUUUUUCGUAAACUCUCUGAGUCGAUGGUUGCUUUUCCCAUAUUCGGUGCUGAUAUGCCGGCCGUUUCCUCUCGGCUACCCUAAAUAAGUAGCCCGGUAAGGGAUCUUGUUAACGGGCAACUUCGGUCAAGAAAAAAAAUAAAGUCACUUUUCCGAGAUGGAAAGUCAAUGUGUACUGUAUAGCGCGAGUAUACAGUAUAGGCCUACAAUGUCCACGUACACAUGUAGUGACAAGCAACUUUACACAAUCAUGAUCCAGGGCACGCCUGCUUUAUUUCGGUAGUCUGCACUGACAUGACAGGGUCGUGGUCGACUGGGCCAGCAGUAUAGGUCAACGGCCUUUCCUACUAUUAACCUUGAAUAAGUAGUAGCAAGAGUUGCCAACCGCAAGUAUCCAAGGCGUCUGUGUCACGUUUAACUAUUUGUGGUUCAUGGGAUUGUAAAUAACAUGUAAUUCCAAACAAUCUGGAUGUUUCAAUUUACACACAGAUCCAUUUUUUGAGGCUAGUUCUUUUGUGUCUUCGAGUUUUGAACUAUGUGACUGAAAAAAGUAAAUGUUGAACAGCCUUACUGCCCCAAUGAUAGUGCGAACAAAGACUUGUAAUUUACAAUAAAUUGGAAGUUUUGCUGUUUCAUUUUUUCAUGCUUAGUGAAAGGAGUGAAAGGUUUGUAGAAUAAUGACUUGGUGGGUCCGAUAAAUAAUGUGUGAACCUCCAUACUUCUUUUCAAUGAAAGAAACUAUUUCUUUCUCCGUGAUUUCCAGUAUUGUUUAACUAUUUUGUAUAACUUUGAAUUAUUGCUCCAUUCUAUCCACCGUAAUGUGAUAGAGCCCAAAACACUUGUGGCGAAACACAUGUUACACAAAUGAGAAUUUCCCAAGGUAAUGGUCGAAUGCGAUCACUCACUGCACUGACAGACCUCAAAAGCCAGAGUGCCCUUUGAGACAGCGGGCACCGUAACCCAACCACUGGCUCGCCGCGCUGGCGGUGCAGCACCAAUCUUAGAAAGAGUGCAAGAUACCCGCCCAGUUCAGCCAGUGCCAAAAUGACGCCACGAGACUGUGCCUGCAAUCAUUGGCUAGUAUCCGUCAGUCAGUUUGUGAUGAAUUAUUCAGAUUGCCUCGCUGGCUCCUACCAUAGAGCUACAACCCAUUCUACAAUCAAUGAAGGAUGAACAAAACGUCUGUGGGCUAUACCAUUGAGAAGUUUAGGGAGGUUAUUUGGAAUUUCAUAUUGUGAAAAUUUGGAAUAAAAGUACCUGAGUACUCAAAACAAAAUUUCUCCCACGUUUAAAGGAAAGAACUAUUACAUUGGAACAGUUUCAGACAAGCCAUCGCUUUUUUUAUUUUAAAAUUGGAGGAAUCUGCGAUCUGGAUUAGAGCCUGCCCACCUAAGAUUUAUUAAACUUGUCCUACACAUAUUCAGAGCCGUUGGCCAGGCGUCCAGCUUUUGGUGGACUAUGCGGUUUCCCAAUACAUGUACUCGAUUCAGGUCAUCGAAGGCCUCAAUUUUUUUUAAACCUGACUUUGAAGUUGUAAAAGCGAUACUAAGUCUGACAGUGCCAUAAAAAAGAAACAAACAUCAAAAUACUUCGAAUUACGUACGAUGCUUCAGGCCUACAAUCAGGGAUUAGUUUUAGAGACGAAGCCCUCGGAUGGAGACGAAGUUGAAAAACGUCCUUAGUCACGUGUAGU